AUGGGAAAGCCAAAUACAAUACUUGACUUUUUCAAAAGAAAAAAUACACAAAGUUCAAAUGCCAAUGUUGGUGAUGCAUCAUCACCAACUUCUAAUAUCGUAAUUUCUGAAAAUUCUUCUAAAAAAUCUCGAAGAGUUGACGUCAAUGAAUUUGAUAUUAAUUCAUUGGAGUUUGAUCCUGUAUUGCGUCGUCAGAUAUGGGAGUAUAAUGUUAAUCAACGGAAUGAAAUUCGACGAGCUUACAUUAAAGCUGGAAAAGAUCCUAAUUCAUUUCAUAGAAUUGCUGAGAGGUCAUACGAAGACUUGAAGAACCAGUCUCAACACAUACAAAACGUGUUUGAAAAUUUCACUUUUGAACAAAUUGUAAACAAUCAACUGCAGUUAAAAGCCUCAAUUGAUGUUGUUCGAGUGCUUGCAUUUCAAGGUGUUGCUUUUAGAGGUCAAGAUGAAAGUGUGGAUUCAAUGAAUCGUGAAAAUUUUCUUGAAAUAUUGAAUUUAAUGGUUUCAUAUAAUGAACAGAUUGCUGAAGUGAUAGCUAAAGCUCCAAAAAAAUGCCUCUUCUGCAUAAUAGUUGAUGAAGCUCGUAAUGAGUCAAUGAAAGAGCAAAUUGCUAUAGUUUUAAGAUUUGUCGACAAAAAUGGUUUUGUGCGGGAACCCUUUUUUGGGCUUGUUUAUGUCGCUAAUACUACGACACUAACCAUACAAAAGGGUAUAUAUUUUGUAUUGUCUCAACAUAAGUUAGCCAUUGAAAAUAUUCGAGGGCAAGGAUAUGACGACGCAAGUAACAUGCGAGUGGCGGCAUCAAAAGAAGUUAUUCUUGUUCAUCAAUUUUUCACUAAUUUGAGUUCUAUUGUCAAUAUUGUUUGUGUCUCAUGCAAUCGAUUUGAAGAACUGCGGAUUUUCCAAACUGCUGAAAUUGCUUGCUUGAUUGAAAUUAAUGAGAUUAAGAGUGGAAGGGGACUUAAUCAAAUUUGUACUUUACAACGAGUUGGAGAUACUCGUUGGAGUUCUCACUUGAGAUCAGUUUCUAGCUUGAUCAAAUUUUUUUGUCCACCUUGUGAAGUUAUUCUUAAAAUCAUUGAUGUGGGAACUACUUCUUCCCAACAAGCAGAAGCAAAUUCUGUUUAUCAGGUAAUGACUUCAUUUGAAUUUGUCUUCAUCUUGCAUCUCAUGAAAGAAACGAUGCAGAUUACUGAUCAUCUAUGUCAAGAAUUGCAAUCAAAAUCUCAAGACAUUUUACGUGCCAUGAAUCUUGUUUCAUCCACUAAAGCAUAUAUCCAACAAUAUAGAGAUGAUAAAUGA